CUUCUGAGUGAAUGCUUGGCAUGUGUAGAAGCGACCUGCUACACAAUUAGCUUAUUGUUCUUUCAGCUUUGUGUGGAGAGGAUCUGAAGGAUUGGAAGGAGCGGGGGAAAAGAGCCAGCCAGAGGCAUCACUGUGGAUAUGGAAUAAGGGAUUGCUCAGCUCCUGCAGAUUCACUUGCUAACUCGGGAGUUACAGCUGUUAUUAGGAAGCAUUCAGUGUGGCUUUAGGGAGUGCGCCAGGGGAUAAUCACUGAGACGACUCUCUGAUUUCUUGUAGUCUGGGCUCUUUUCUCUUCUGAGUCUCCUCAUCAUUAUUAUGGAGCCAAACAGUCCUAAAAAGAUCCAAUUUGCUGUGCCAUUAUUUCAGAGUCAAAUAGAUCCUGAAGCAGCUGAACAGAUCAGGAAAAGAAGGCCCACACCAGCAUCACUAGUUAUUAUGAAUGAACACUCACCCCCAGAAAUAGAUGAGAAGAGAAAGAACAACUCACAAGGAGAAUCACAGAAUGCCUCCCCUAAGCAGAGGAAGCAAAGUGUGUACGCUCCUCCUGCCAUCAAAGGUACUGUUCAGGGGUUAAACAUCUGAAAAGUCAGAACGACUCAGCAUUCCCAGAGGAAGAAGAGGGUGUCAAUGAAAGAGAAGAAGAAUGGGACCAUUAAUUAGCAUUGGGCUUGUGUAAGAAAGGUUAUUGUGAAUAACUGAACUGCUAAACUUUCCAUACUUAACAUGGAAUUCCAUUGCUUGUGUUUCUGAAACAUUCUUCAUCUCACCACUCCAGGCACACAUAGCAGGAUGCUUUCCGGGGAGCAUUCCUUGACUGGA